UGACUUCAUGUCUCGUUAAUCAAGAUCUGAUUUUUUUCCUAAAAUUCCUCUCAUCAUCCCUCAGUUCUCGUUUGUGCUUUGAUUUUUUGGGUCAAUUCUCACAGUUCGAGAUUUCUUGCUGAUCAGUUUCUUGUUGGGUUUUCUUUUCUUAGUAUUUAGGAUCCAAUAUUUUAGAUUCUUCAUGUAUUAGAAGAUUAGAAGAGUUUAUCCUUGAUCUAUUGUCUUUUUGAGGUGUUAGAAUCUUAUCAUAUAUGAAAACCCUUUAGGUAACAGUAGGUAUAUGCUAUGAUUGUAGCGAGAUCUGAGGUUAUUUGUUCCAUUUGAUGGUGGUUUUCUCCUUCUCCGUGUUAACAUAGGAAAUUGGUGUGCUCAGCUAUAAAAAAUGACCGAUAGCAGUGAGAUGGAUUCCCUGGUAGCUCCUGAAUUCUCUCCAGAUAUGGUACUCGGCUUUAUUAGUCAAAUUCUUAUGGAAGAGGACAUGGAUGAUAAAUUCGAUGUGUUUCAUGAAGAUUUGGCUCUUUUAGCUGCAGAGAAGCCCUUCUAUGAGAUCCUUGGUGAGACGUUCCCCCCUUUGCCAGAUCAGAACUCUGGCCCUAGUGCAGAGAGCCCUGAUGGUAGUAGCAUUAGUAACUUCCAUGUAAAUUCCAAUGGGAGCAGUAGUGAUGGCAUCCUCGCAAAUGAUAGCUGGCCUUAUGAUCCUCUCGAAUAUCGUCAGCUGCAGACUAAUCCAGCUUCUGUUGAUUAUUAUUCGCAGUCUUCAUGUUCCCCUGCAAAUUACAAUGCAGGAAAUGUCAACAGAGUGUUAGUAGAGUCUCUUUCUAAUCCUCUUUCGGAUAAUGAUCUUGUCAUUCAGAGCACACCUGCCUGGCAAUUUCAGAAGGGACUUGAGGAGGCACGAAGAUUUCUUCCCAGCAGUGAAAACUUGAUGAUUAAUUUAGAGGCCAAUGGUUCCCUCUUUUCUCAAGAGCCAAAAGAAGAUUGGAAAUUGGCUGAGAUCAAUGCAGAUGAGAAACACGAGAGCCCUAUUCGUGAGCCAAGGGGUAGGAAGACUCAUCAUGAUGAUGACUUGGAUUUGCAGGAAGGGAGAAGCAAUAAACAAUCAGCCCUUUCCACUGAGGAACCUCUUCGUCCUGACAUUUUAGAUGAUGUCCUACUUUGUGGUUGGGAGAAAUGCACAGCAGGGAAUGAUGAACAGCAAUCUGAAUCAGUGAAUCAAGACGGCAGAAGUUCUCAUAGCAGUCAUGCGAAAGGAUCAGGUGGUGGAAAAAGUCGAGGGAAGAAACAAUCUAUGAAGGACGUGGUUGAUCUUAGGACACUUCUUGUCCAUUGUGCUGAAUCUGUGGCGAUAGGUGAUCGUCGAAGCGCAGGAGAGCUGUUGAAACAGAUCAGACAGCACUCAUCCCCUUUUGGAGAUGCAAAUGAGAGGUUGGCCCAUUGCUUUGCUGAUGGCCUUGAGGCACGCCUAGCUGGCACAGGGAGUCAAAUUUACCAUUCCAUCGUUGCUAAGCGAAUUUCUACUUCUGAUAUAUUGAAAGGUUACAAGUGUUAUAUGCCUGCAUGCCCUUUCAAGAAGAUUGCUUAUCUUUACUCCAACAGGACCAUUUUGAAUGUGGCUAAUAAAGCGCCAAGGUUGCAUAUAAUAGAUUUUGGCAUAUUUUAUGGCUUCCAAUGGCCAUGUUUCAUGCAGCGUCUUGCUAGUCAGCCAGGUGGUCCCCCAAGGCUCCGGAUAACUGGCAUCGACAAACCGAGCCCAGGUUUUCGUCCAACUGAGCGGAUUGAUGAAACUGGGCAGCGCUUAGCUGAUUAUGCUCGUAGAUUUGGCAUUCCUUUCGAGUUUCAUGCAAUUGCAACUAAGUGGGAUACCAUCCGGACUGAGGAUCUAAACAUUGACAAAGAUGAGGUGCUUGUCGUAAACAGUUUGUUCCAGUUCAAGAGUCUCAUAGAUGAGACUGUGGUUGAGUACAGCCCAAGAAAUAUGGUACUGAACACUAUAAGAAAUCUGAACCCGGCUGUUUUCAUAUUUGGGGAUGUGAAUGGAUCAUAUAGUUCUCCUUUUUUCGUCACACGUUUUCGUGAAGCUUUAUUCCACUUCUCUGCCUUGUUUGACAUGAUCGAAACAAAUGUGCCGCGGGAGGAUGAAUCAAGGCCAUUGAUAGAAAGGCACAUCAGUGGACGGGAUGCUCUCAAUGUCAUUGCUUGUGAGGGAUCAGAAAGGGUGGAAAGGCCUGAGACUUACAAGCAGUGGCAGGUGAGGAACAUCAGAGCAGGGUUCAAGCAACUUCCGCUGAAUUCUGAUAUCAUAAAGAUGGCCAAGGAAAAGUUGAAGGCCUACCAUAAGGAUUUUGUAUUAGAUGUAGAUGGCCAAUGGCUACUGCAAGGAUGGAAAGGGCGUAUUCUUCAAGCCUUCUCUGCAUGGAGAUCUGAUGAUUCUUCUUAGUUCUAUCUCUGGAGCUUCUGUUUUUAUGUCUAGUCAUGGAUGAAGGCCUUAUCUUCCAUUGCUUGGGAUCAAUUAUUACUCUGCAACAUUGUUCGAUGUGGCCUAAAGUUGAGGAAGGAAUCACCUCAGUAGAUUUAGGAGAACAAAUAGGGGAGAAGGUUUUUAUUGCCUUGCUGGGUUCUUAGUAUGGUCCAUGAUGCUACUAGUUAAUGUUAUGUAGUUUGGAUAUGUGUACCUUCGUCAACCUGUUAGACUUCGUAUGAAAUCAUAAUGCAGAUUGUCCUCUUGUUGUUGUGCA